CUAUCUAUCUAUCUAUUCACAUAGGCUAGGCCUACAUAUUUGCGCUUUACUGUAAUAGCAUCUUACUGUCUCGUCUUAACCUGUGGAUAGGGAGGGGGAGGUGUUGGGGGAGAGGGGGGUCAGUAUUUGGUGCAGGCUGCGCGACUCGGUAGUAAGGUCCGCGUCGGUACGGUUCCCGGUGCCCACGUAUCCACAGCGCGUCUGAAAUCUCGAUAAGAAUUGUCGGAUUAUUGUUAUGUGCGCUGAAGGAUCCACAUCGAAGGAUAAAAUGCACCGCUGCGGAAGUCUUUUGAAAUGUCAGUGUCACUGUUGCUGAUGGUCAGAUACAUCCACGUCCUCUGUUGGCGCUUCUCCUUGGAUCUACCAUUUUUCUGCCUUAAAUGCGUAGCUGAGCCUGCUAAUAUUAGAGGCUGGCGAGGCUGCCGGAUAUAUCACCUCGAAUAAACCAUCUGAACGCUCAUUAUUCACGCUUGCCUUUAUUGGAUGUCGCAUUGGUUGUUUGGACGCUACGGAGGUUAAAAUAAACACCUGCGGAUGGUUGAUCCAUGUUGCUGUAUACGCGUUGCGUUUGGUUUGUGUUGUAACCUAGCUCUCAGAUCUCAAUGAUCACCUUCCGGCCGGACUGAUCCCGUCUCCUGCUGCAAACCGCAGCCAGCGAGAGUAGGCUACCGCUGUCUCAGGAUGCAGGUGAAAAGCCCGAUGUGCGCCGAAGAGUCCCCGGGAGACAUCGAGACAGACGAGUGCCAGAAAAAGACCUCAUGUUUCUCCAACAUCAAAAUCUUCCUGGUGUCAGAAUGUGCGCUGAUGCUGGCCCAGGGUACCGUCGGUGCAUAUCUGGUGAGUGUACUGACCACCUUGGAGCGCCGCUUUAACCUGCAGACUGCGGACGUGGGCGUGAUCGCCAGCAGCUUUGAGGUGGGCAACCUGGCCCUCAUCCUCUUCGUCAGCUACUUUGGGGCGCGCGCCCACCGGCCCCGCCUCAUCGGCUGCGGCGGCAUCGUCAUGGCGCUGGGCUCGCUGCUCUCGGCGCUCCCCGAGUUCCUGACGCACCAGUACAAGCCCGAGACCGGGGACUUCCGGCCCGCCGGCGAGGGCAGGGACGUGUGCGCCAACAGCUCUCGACCGGGAGCCACGGACCCGGGCAACCUGUGCGGCAACAGGGCCAACACCAACAUGAUGUACCUGCUGCUGAUUGGGGCCCAGGUGCUGCUGGGCAUCGGAGCCACGCCUGUCCAGCCUCUUGGGGUGUCCUACAUCGAUGACCAUGUCAGGAGAGAGGACUCGUCUUUAUACAUAGGUAUCCUGUUUUCCACGCUGGUGUUUGGCCCUGCGUGUGGGUUCAUCCUCGGCUCCUUCUGUACGAAGUUCUACGUGGACGCCGUCUUCAUAGAUGCCAGAGAGGUGGAAAUCACGCCCGAUGACCCACGAUGGAUUGGCGCCUGGUGGGGCGGCUUUAUCCUCUGCGGCUUCUUCCUCUUCCUCUCAUCGCUCUUCAUGUUCGGCUUCCCGCAGUCGCUAAUCGAGGGCCCGGAGAGCAGCGGCAGCGAGAGCCAGCAGGCCAUGCUGCCCGCUGAGCUGGCGCAGGAGUACGAGGGGCACGCCGCCCACGACCUCAACCUCAACAGCGGCCUCACCUGCUGCCAGCACCUGCAAAUCAUCCCCAAGGUGACAAAGCACCUGUUGUCCAACCCUGUGUUCACGUGUGUGAUUCUGGCUGCGUGCAUGGAGAUCGCCGUGGUAGCAGGAUUCGCCGCCUUUCUAGGGAAGUACCUGGAACAGCAGUUCAACCUGACAACCUCGUCAGCCAAUCAGCUACUGGGCAUGACAGCCAUCCCGUGCGCGUGCCUUGGCAUCUUCCUUGGGGGUCUGCUGGUGAAGCGCCUAGACCUGUCAGCGCUGGGGGCCAUCCGACUAGCCAUGAUGGUCAACGUGGUCUCUACCGCCUGCUACGUGUCCUUCCUGUUUCUGGGCUGUGACACGGGGCCCAUUGCCGGGGUCACCGUUGCCUACGGAAACGAGUCUCUGGGCACAUGGCAGAAGGCUGACGCUGCGUGCAUAAGUGGCUGUGACUGCUACACCACCUCACUCAGCCCAGUGUGUGGAUCCAACGGAGUCACCUACCUCUCCGCAUGCCUUGCUGGCUGCACCAAACCAGACCUGAUGGGCUGCAGGUGCAUCUCCCGUGGCAACAGUGUGGGCACGGCUUUGCCGGGGAAGUGCCAGAGUGCAGGUUGCCAGCGGGCAUUCCUCACCUUCCUGGCGGUGGUGUGUGUCUGCAGCAUGAUUGGAGCCAUGGCCCAGACACCCUCUGUCAUCAUCCUUAUCAGGACUGUGAGCCCAGAGCUGAAAUCCUACGCUCUUGGAGUUCUGUUCUUGUUGCUACGGCUACUUGGUUUCAUCCCUCCACCUCUGAUCUUUGGCAUCGGGAUCGACUCCACCUGCCUGCUGUGGAGCCACGCGUGCGGGAUGCGCGGCGCCUGCCUGCUCUACGACAACGUCACCUACCGCCACCUGUACGUCAGCAUCGCCAUCGCGCUCAAGGCCAGCGCCUUUGUCCUCUACACCAUCACCUGGCUCUGCCUGCGCCGCCACUACGACCGCUACAUCCGCAACAACGAGGGCUACCUCACGCCCAGCCAGCUGUUCGCCUCCAACGUCACGCUCGACAACCUGGGCAAGGAGAUCACGCAGAACCCCGUCAACCGCACCAAGUUCAUCUACAACUUGGAGGACCAGGACUGGAACGACAACAUGGAGUCUGUCAUCUAGAGAGGAGAAGAAAGAGGAGAAGAGAGGAGGAGAAGAGAGGAGGAGAAGAGAGGAAGGAAACAACGUAGACAAGAGAGAGAGAGAGAGACUGGGCGGGGAGGAGAUGGGAAGAAGAAGGAAUAGCAGUGAGGAACGCAGGAGAUGCAGGGAAUGGAGAGAUCAGAAGGAGAGCACAGGAGGGACGAGGAAGGAGGAGCAGAGGACAGGUGAGAUCAGGAGACAAAGAGAGAGGAGACACCAUAGCCCCUUUACACAGCCUUUCUCCCCUUCACACUCAUUCAUCUCCACCCCACCCCCCUCUUUAUUGUGCAGAGCAAGGCUCCUGGCAUGAAAAGAAUGAUGAUUGGCUGCUUCUACAAAAGGCUAAUAAUACCCAGAAAUGAGUGACUGGCCACUUAGAAUACACUAAAAUAACAUUAAUCCAUGGUACUCGGAAGAGAGAAGGCUGUGCUUAUAUAUUCAGCAUGCUGGUUUUAAUACUCUUUUCAAGUAAUGACAUUGAUGUUUCUCCCUUGAAAAGUGAAGCAUCUGAAACACAAUUGACUAACAUCAGAAACGUUCAAAAUUGACUUCACACUUCAAAAUUGCCUCCCUGUGGGAAAAAUCCCUGUAUCCAGUUCAUUCUCUUCUACAUUCUCCCUGUCUUAGUUUCCCACGGUUUGGAAGGGUUAACAGUUCCUUUUCUGCUCCUCCUUCCCAAAACAUCAGAGGGGUGUCAUCUCGCCAAGGAAAUUGAAGUCUGUUAGGCCAAAAAGGAACAGAAACAAAAAAAACUUUGUAUGCAUCUUUCCAAAACAAUGUUAAUUAUUUAUUUGUGUAUAAAUUAUUUUUUCAUGAGUGUAUGAAUGUUUUUGGAGAGUUACAGCUUAUCCCUUUACUUACUUGAAUACGGAGAGUAUUAUUGGGAGUAUUGUCAGGAGUAUUUUAAUAUAAUUCUGAGUAGUAGCAGUACACAGGGUUUGUACUAUUGAUAGAUUCUGCUCUGAAAUGAAUUUUGAUUAGUCAUAUUUACUGAUUUUCAGGUCAUUUGUGAUCUUUUUACUCAUGCUGAAAUAAGCUUGUUUUUUAUUUACUUUGUAAAUCAAUGCAGUACAUUUUUUUGAUUGUGUGAAAUGAUGGUAGUUCUGUAGAGUGACAGAAAUAGUUGCCUACAUUGAUGUAUGUCAUGGAGAUUGUUAUUGGAGAUCCCUGUAGUUUCAGGGUGAGUUGUGCCCCCGGUGGAGAUUGAGGGUCAGAUGAAUCCCUCUCAAAUCCCAGCCUGCAUCCCAAGAGCUGAACGUUCUCAGCUGAUCUGUGGUCUGUAACGCAGAAAUAUUUAUUAUGUAGAAAGAAAUCUGUUGCAUCCCAGGCAUUAUAUUAUUCUAAAAUCUGUUUGUAAAUCAAGUCCCCAUCGUGAAUGGUUAUUAUUCACUGGAGAGCUGGCAAAUCCCAUUGUAAAGCCAGAUGUUGCCAAUACUUUGUCUUCUACCCAGUGUUCAAGUUUAUGUGCAGAAUCAGGAGGUACCACAAGGCAAGGAUCACUUCUGAUACAAAUCUGAUAACAGUAAAGGGUGAGACCAGAAUCUUCAAGACAGCAGGCACAGACAAUUCACAGACAAUAUUAGACUGAUAGCCACAACCUGUAACUGGACAGGCAGCCAGGUUCUACCUAGAGUCUAAGAUUUUACAGAAUAUUCAUGUAGGUUAAAGGUGCAGUCUGUGAUUCUUAUCCCAUACAUGUUUUGUCAAAUUAUGGCUAGUUGUCUGUAGAGCGUUUUCAUUAAAAACAUCCUGCAUUUGUACAGACAUGGCUCUGUAAAUGGGAAACAUAGUGGCUUGGACUGAGGCCUAAAUAAUCCCAGCCAAUCACAUGGUGCUUUAGGAGCAUGAUAGGAGAGGGGUGAAAUUUAAUUGGCUAUUGAAAACGAAUGUGAACAACCUACUGCAAAAUUCGAAUUUGAAUUGCAGACUACAUCUUAAAGUUGAUAAAACAGUGGAGUGACAAGACAAUCCUAGUAGAGACAUUUGUGGUACAGGACCUGUUGUCUUACCUGAACAGUUUUCCUGCAAGAGGGUUUUAUGCUUCCUUUUGUUGUUCCUUUGACCAUAUUCACAUGGAGAGAAAUGUCCAUCAUCCCUCUUACUUCUUGAGUUCAACCCUGGUUCCCUGUGUUUUGAGACUGAUGUUGUUGACAGAUUAAUAAUUUUCCUCCCUCACUUACCGUGAAUCCCAUAAAGAGCAUGUGACUGUUCCCAGAGAAAGAGUUUAACAUGGUCCUCAGCUGGAGUUUGGUAUCCAAGAUGCUUUGUUUUUAUUGAAGUGAAUUGGGGUAUAAUAUUGUAGGCCUACUGAGCAUAAGCUUAGUUAGUUUAUUGUGGAUCUGUUGUUUAGUAUGAUGUAAUACUGACGCAGAGGCUAUUUUGUUUGUUUUCUAAAGGGUACUGAACGUGGGUUUUAGAGUGGAACUCAAUGGUGGUUUAGCAUGGUGCAGAGCCAGAGUUUAGGGGGGAGUAGUUUGUGGCUGAGAAGGCAUGUUUGCUUGGUUACCUGCCUGAAAAGAAAAUGCUGUUCUUGCUUGAAUUUGCUUGUUAAUGCUGCCAAAUCAGAUAUAAUGGUAUAUUUUAUUUCUAAUCCAGUAGUUUUCUGUAGAACGCUGUUAAAUACAUGUGGCCAGCACCGCUGGAGCUAGCCAGCGCCAACUCGGAUCCAGCCUACGGGGCAACAGGCGGCUUUCUGUAUGCCCCCUGACUAAUUGGACUGAUGUCAUAAUUUGUACUUUGCUGUCUGUGUAAAUAUUACCAUGCCAUGAAAGUGCCAAAGUGACUUCAUUUAAGUGUUCUAGAAAGUUCUCCCCACGAGGACAUGGUUUUUACAAUGCUGGAUUUGUGUACAUAUAUAAGAUGAUAUAUUUAAUUGUUAUGUAGACUUUUGUGAUACCCUCAGAUAUCAGUACUGUACAUAGUGAUGGCUAAUAAUUCUAUUCUAUUUAGAAUGUAGUAAAUAGCGAAGCUGUGGCUUUUUUUUGCAGGUGAGCAUUAGUGUCUAUUCCACUCUCGUCUGGUAGGAGUAGUGUACUAAUGAGUGUGUGUCUGUGUGCGUGCGUGCGUGUGUGUGUGUGUGUGUGUGUGGUCCGGACUCCCAUCCUGUGCCUGUAUUGUUGAUCAUGUGCAAUCUAAAGCGCUGCUGUGUCUGUUCGCCGCUCCUGCAGGAAAGCCGAGCUGCUCCUACUGGGUGAAACAGCCCUUACAUGAAACAUAACGUAUGCGUGCGCACACACGCACACACACACACACACACACAAAGAGCAGACUGUCUUACUGCUUCUACACAUUUAGAAAACACAAACACAACACACACACGAACACAGAGAGAGCAUACUGUAUUACUGCAUCUACAUAUUUCUACUGUAAAACACACACACACAACCAUUUUACAGCUUCUUGUGCUCAAACACACACACACACACACACACCAAUGAGGCAUUAUGAUAUUAGUCUGCUUAUCCCUUCUGUUUCUUGACAAGACAGACAUACUUACACACGCAUAGAUACACCCUAUACAAGUGGUCAAGCCCUUGUGUUGUGUGCCGUUGAGUUCCUGCUCUUGUCUUUCAGGCCUUAGCACGUGUAAAGCCAAAAACCAACAGUGUGUUUCUGUGGUAAGCCACUCGUCCAUCUAGAGAACUCUUUGUACUUUGACGCCUCUGAAGGACAGUCAUGAUUCAGAUCACCCCCCCCCCCCCCCCUUUUUUUUUGGCUCAUCUCUUCUCUGAUUGGACUACAGAGUUUCCAUGAUGAGCUGGAGUGUGUCAAGUCCCUGAUCCACCACUUCAAACAGAGCAGGUCAAAACGACAUUAAACUUUUUGGUUGGAUUUCGAAGGGAGGACAACUGGACGCGCGCCCAUAUAAGGCCAAUCCAUACAUUAAUGAAUUCCAAGCUGUGAACUGAUCUAGUCCAUGGCUCCUCCACUGGCUUUCCCCUCCCCCAAGAGAAAUCAACUAUAUGUCUGUGUUACACAUGACAUUGUGUACAUAACAAUGUAUUACAUGAUUGUAUGUGUAUUGUAAAGACAAUAAAUGCUAUUUUUGAUUUUUACAA